AUGGAGUGGCAAUUGAAUAGUGAGGUGAUGGUGAAAGUGUCAUCAAUGGAGAAAGAGGGUGAAAAGCAAAAACUGGGGGAAGGACCCCAAAUCUCAAGAAUGGAGCCGGUAACACAUGGUGCCUAUGGUGGUGGAAUGUACGGUACCGAGAAAGGGCAACCGGAGAAACAAACAAAGCCACCGGCAAGUGAGAGCCAGAGUGCUGAUGGCCCCGUUGAUAAGGACGCUAUCAAGCCCAAACACAAUCCUCCCCCUUCAACUGGGGACAGAGAUUUAGAUAUCACUGGCCAGUCUUAUAUCCAGUAA